GUACGUGUGUAUAUAUAAAUCAUGUUUCAUAAGAACUCGAAAAAACAAAUAAAAAAUGUAAAGAAUGGAAUUAAAAGUCUUUAUAAAACAAGAGAACAUGGGAGAAUAUGUAUUUGUAAAUAAAACAAAAAUUAUUCAUAAGAUAACAUAUGUAACGUAAAAUGACUUAUAUCGAUUAUUAUAUAUUAUGGCAUAAUUUAAAAAACAAUUUUAAACUAUUGAUGUUCAAAACAAAUUUAAUUUAAAAGUCAACGCAUAUAUUGCUUACAAAUAUUAACAAAUUUUAGUGGUUUAAUUCAUUACAUAACUUCAUUAAUAGGUAACAUGCGCAGCAUGGCGAAAGAUUAUGUGAUUAUAGUAAUCCUUUGCAACUUUUCCUUUAUUUGUACUUAUUCCAAACAACAUAUAAUAACACUUUCUAAAUCGGAUUACGAUUUGAUGCAAAAUGAUAAUUCAAAACACAAUACUCGAUUUUUGGAACAUGAAUUAGAAAAAUAAGAUAUGUAUGAAAGUCAUGUUUACAUUCUUGAAAUGUGUGUACUUUGUCUGAACAUAUAUAUAAAUUUUUGUUACAUAGUAUUUACGUACCUUAGUGUAAUUAGAAUACAACGACUCUCGAAAUUGUAUAAGAGAGAGAAAGAGAGAGAGAGCAUUUCAGAAGGAAAUUCUAUCUCGAAAAAGAUCAAUUUCUCAAAUUUUAUACUUGCCUGUAUGAAACAAUCUUCUUAAGUGUCUUGCAAGAGGCAUGGAGUUUGAUUGUUUCUCGAAUAAAUCUAUGUAUAUAUACCAUGCGUAUAUUCCAUGCGUAUAAUUGUUACACUGUGAUUUUAACAUCUAAAAUUUGGUUUUAUGACAAAUUAUAAAGCAUUUAUAUCGCUGUUGUUUAGAACUAAUCGUUAUUAACUUUAUUCGACUUUUUAUCUUUUUCACAAAUAACAAAAUUGUAAUUUAAAAGAGAAAAGAUAGAUGCAAUAUACAAGAAAAUACGUUUUUGUUUUUAUUGUAGUUUUAUUGUAAUUUUAGAUAAUAAAGGGUUAUUUCAAAAUUAAUGAAGGCGCAGAUAAUUAUAGUUAACUAUAGUUAAUACCAGGUUAUCGUGUAUUUUAUGAUUUUCUUCCAUAAUUUUGCGUUAUGAAAGAACACGAAUAGCAAACGAAAGGCAAAAUAUACAAUAUAAGUACAGCGCACGUACCCAUUGGAAUUCACGACAUAACUUCUAAUUCAUUGCAACAAGCUGUAAUGUCGACAUCGCCACUUAGGUAAGGGUAGUUCAGUAAUUUCCAGCUACCAUGUUAGCUAGCCACCCGCUUUUGCAGUCAAAUUUCGGCCGAGCCACCACUCGUCAACACGAAUUGUGGAAUUGAUUACAUGGCUCCCUCGAGGUGGAAACAUCAGAAUCCUUCCCCCAAAUUGAUGAGCCUCAUAUACCGUUCGUACUAGCCCUUACUGAGAGUUUCCGGAAGAUAUUAGCGAUAAGUGCGCCUUUCUUACAGUACAAGCGGACAAUAUAAUUGCAGUAAUAAUUAUUCCAUAUACCGCAAGAGAGAUUGUUCAAAUAAUGUUUGUAUAAUAAAAGAGCAAAUAAUCUUUCCCGUGGAAUGAGAAUUGAUGAAUACUCAUAAAAUUAUUUCUAGAAUAUCAAAAAUAGUAGUAUUAUAUAAAUUUUUUGCGGUAUAAUAAUAUUAUAAUAUAUAUAAAUUUAAUCUACUUAUAUAAGAGCAAUAUUUAACUUGUCACUGGUCUAAAACUAAACAGUGACACGCAAUCUAUGGACCUGAUAGCUGCAGGUCACAGAUUACGUAGUAUAUACAUAAUGCGUACAUACACUGUAAAAAAAUUGUGUAAAAUUACACCUAUUAUAAUAGAUCUCAAAAUUACGUAAAUUGUCGCGUGUUUAUAAUUUUACAUAUAAAUUUCUCAACAAUUUCUUAAUUUAUUUUUACAUUUGUAUAUAUACCAUAAAUGAAUUUAUUACAAAUUAAAUUAUUUUUACUUGCGUAUUCAUAAACACGUGAAAAUUUACACUUAUUAUAAUGGAUCUAUUAUAACAGAUGUAAUUUUACACAAAUUGUUUACAGUAUAACAAUUUGUUAAAAGUAUAAAUAUUGAAAUAAUAAAAGUUCCAUUGCUCGAUAUUUUUUUUACAGAAGUAUGAAUUAACAAGUAAUUUUUUUAUCAUAUUAAUCUCACGAAAAACAGUUGAAAUAAUUUCUCUUGAAAUACGACUACAUUGUAAAUACAAUAUCCGCAUCGUAUAAUAAAUAAAGGAAAUCUGACAAGGUGCCAGUUUCCACAAAACAUCCCAUACAUUUUAUUUGUGGAAAUCAUCUCACAAAAAAAUAAUACAGUUUAACCGAUAAAAAAACAGAAGCAAUGUACAUAAAUAUAAUUUCGUGGCCGAUUGAUCGAUUAUCUUUGGCGUUUGCCAUUUUUCUCCCUCCCGCGUUGAUUACGGACGGCUUUCUGAUGUGCAUGUCAAGGGAACGAGCGUCACGUGAUUGGUCCCCUCGUAUGGUUACGAAAUCGCAUUACCUCGGGGUUAAUAACCGCGGAUAUCGCGGCCUCGGAUCACCGGCCAAUUAUCCCGGUCUCGUCAACGAGCGUCGACGAAUCACUGGUGUCGGCGAGGCAAAAUUUUCAUCCUCGGUUCACGUAGCUUUAUCACAAUUUUCCACCACGUAAGAGCGGACCUUCACACGCAAUUUUCCUCCGCACAAUCCCCUCGCGAAUUUUUCAUGUGAUAGAAGACGUCUCGCUCCAGCAAUUAACUCGAUUGACAUCGCCGUAUAAAUUGACUGCACAAAAUAAUUAAAUCGCCAUAAUUAUUCGGCAAUAUUAUAUACCAAUCUGUUUUAGACAAAGAGGCAUUUUUUAAGUAUAUAUAAAUGAGUGAUAGUACUUUUAUAUUAAUGUUACUGCACGGUAUGUUUUGCGUUUAUCUGAUCAUGCGUGAAAUUUAAUUUAUUAUAGUUCAAUAAGCUAAUAAUGUAGCAUUUACUGUUGACAUCUCGUUCUCACAACCAUAGACGAAAAUUAACGGCUAUCACGCUAUAUUAUAUAUAUAGUUAAUUACAAUAUAUUAUUUUAUAUAUAGUUAUACCGAAAUUAACUUUAGAUGUAAAAAAGAAACCCAUACUCACGUUUAAUUUUGUAAACAUUCUUAUGUUCGCGCUGUUUACUCUUGCUCCUUUAUUGUAUUAUUUAUUAUUAACAAUUAAUUACUUCGGCUGCCGCUGCAGCAGACGUGCGCGUCGAAAAUUCGAAUACUCAACGAGGAAAUUAUCGCUUCAAUAAUUUGUUACGAACGAUGCGGAAGACAAACAAAAGGUUAUACACCUGUGCCGGUAUCUACUGUUGCAACAUCUCGCUGCGUGCAUGCAUCUAUUGCAAGUCGAACGAUUUGAGAUCGAGAGAGGGAUGGAGGGAGAACGGGGAGGAGAGAGAGAGAGAGAGAGGUAUGUAGGCGACAGGCUAUUAUUAUGCGUUUGUUAUGUUAAUCGCUCUCUCGUGACAGACUCGUCGUGCCGUAUGGGUCAACCGUUAUGCUAACGCAAUGCCGACAAUUCACGUCGCGUGGCUACGAAUCCGCACGAAGGACAGCCAAACAAGAUGGAGCACAACGAAUAUCAACUCAUUGUUAGAUGCACGCUACACAUGAUUCAGUUUAUGCAUUUUUAAUUUUUCAUUGCCCUUUUUUUAAAUCCUGAUAUAAGGUGCGAUAUAAUCUUCCUCUUUCUGUCCGAUGAAACCUUUGUUUUUCCCCUUCUUUUCCAUUUCGAUGAGAGACGAGUCAUAAGAAUCCUCCAUCGACCCGCUAGGAUCGCAUUCCGUGUGGCGAAGAAUCACGGAGAAAAAAUCAGAGAUGACUUAACACUCGCCGCGCUAUUUUGCCAAUCGCUGCUAAUUAUCUGCGAUUUGCGCCCUCCCUCCCAAAUGGCGGCCACUUAGAGGCAUACCACGCGCCUCGGAGCGCGCCUCGGAUCUCCGGUGGCUAGGCGAACGCCAUGAAAAAAUGCAGGUCAUUGAACAAAGAGAGACGAACAGAUCGGCUUCGGCCGCACGCGGGGGCAGGAAAGAGAGAGAGAGAGAGAGAGAGAGAGAGACGAAGGGAUGGUUAUACGCGCGCAGGAGCGUAACGCAGGCGCGAUGGGCCACAGCCCCAUCGCCGAGGGUGGCAACCUUCCGGACUGGGUGGCCGCGAGACGCUCAGUCCCGUCUCGCUCUUCUCCAGAGAGAACCGGAAAUUGUCAUCGGUCUCGUACUCUUCGCGCGCGCACUGGCGGGAAAGUCUGUGCGUAUUCGUCGCGAGUGCACGGGUUCGUUUCUGUCCCUCCCGCUCAUUGUCGGAGUUUCGUCCGGAGUUUCUCGAUCGCCGAACAACGCGAUCCUCCCCUCUGCGCGCGAUUUACAAUCUCUCGGUGAAGGGAUCGUUCCUCUCGCGCUCAUACGUCGCGAGUCAAUCCCGCAGUCCGAAAGUAAUAUCUUAUACGCGUAGGUAAAGUUUUCCGGGGAAAUCGUUGACGGAUGUUGAAAAGUGUUCGACGACGUUAUCUCUUUUAUCUUUGUGCGCCAUUUCCGUUGGUUCAAACUGUCGAUGUCGGGGAGGAUGUGAGCGGCGGGAUAUAGAAACAUAUAAAUGAAGAAGAAACAAGCGAGGAAAUAGUUGAGUAUAAACAAGUGAGGAGCAGAACAGUGAAUUUUUUUUCCUCGGUGGAGGGUUGGUUUUGUCCCACGGCUGAAUUAAUUACACAAUCCCGCCGGCGGGAUUAAAUUUAUCGGAUGUCACUUUUAUUUGAAGUGUACUAAGCAGUGAUUAACAGUGGCGAAAAUAAUCUUUUCGCUGUGUUUUAUUUUUAUUACGACACAAUUUAUGCGAUCAGUGCAGAAAAAAAUCCAUCUCUCAUGCGAGACAAAACGCGAAUCCAUAAUGCACAUUUCACAAAUAUCGUCGAAAGCAUAAAUUGUGCCUUUUGAGAUCUCAUCUGACUCAAAUAUUCAAGUGAAAAUUAUUGAUGAACUUUAAUGUGCGUGUUCAGAUUACUUCAUUACUACAAAAAUUAUAACUGAAGGUAUCAUAAUUAUAUAAAAUAAACUCACUACUCCAUCCGCAAUCGUCGAUUUUUAAAAGGUACACAUUUACAGACUAAUUAAAGUAUCACAACAUCAGAAGAGUACCAUUUAAGAGAAAUAUUUCGACGCACGCGAGCUUCUAAACAUUUUGCCGAUACCGUCCACGUUCGUUACAAAUUUCAGUGCGCGAUUGAACGAUAAUUGAACUACUUGUAAAUUUCGAGCAGCUAUCGCGUUAAACGAACCACCGAUCGUCAUCGCUAACGUCAGUGAUGACAGCAGUGAGGUGGCGAUCUGGUCGUGGUGUUAAGCUCUCGUCGGAUAAAUGUGCGCGAUGUACUAUUACGCCAGCAAGCUGACUGCGGCGGCUUUAAGCGGCGGCGGCGGCCUCAUCGGGGGUGGUGGUGGUGGUGGUGGCGGCGGAAGUGGCAACAAUACCGGCAAUGGUGGCGGGGUCUGUCGAUGCCACGAGGCCCAAAAGGAGCAGCGCUCCUCGCCAAGGAGAACAACGACCCCGCAACCAGCUCAGCCGACGCAUCAUCGGUCGCAACGCACCUCGCGCGUUUACACCCCUACCCUCGGUCCCACCACCACCGAACACGUCGUCAUUGAGCACCCUCGGCCCAAUCAUUACCAUCGACAUAGAACCAAGCACAAGGUAAGCUCUAUCUUGAUUUCUAAGAAUAAGGACAUACUGCAAUGAGUAAGUUUAAUAUACAGACGAUAUUUUACAUUUAACAUAUUAAUACAUAAUGUGUAUAUAAAUAAAUAUAUGUAUGUAUAUAUCCUUUUUAUUUAUAUUAUAACAAAUAGUUGUCAUUAUUUUUUAUAUUAGAGCCAAUUUUUUGUUCUUACAUAAUAUCAAUAUAUUAAUCGAAACGUUUAAAACACUUCACUGCAUACAGAACUAUAUUAUUGAGUAUGACAUUUUAAUAUUAAAAAGUAAUGAUAAAUAUUCGUUUGUAUAAAAAUGUAUUCUUAUAAUUGGCGCA